CAGGCAAGUGCCACCCAACGUCUCGAAAGCAUCCUGCGGUACAUGCUCAGCAAACAUAGCUACCUCUUACCGAUAUAGUACGGCAGUAUGGGUAACAAUCUUAACUUCUUCAUGAACUUGGAUUUCAUGUCCAGGAUGAUGCUUCUUUUACCUCUUUUUCUUAUUGCCGUGACUGCAACCUCUCCCUCCACCCCACGCUCCCAAUCACCCGAUAACGUCAACGUAACAAGCACGACGUACUACACCCAAAUCGCGAUCAAAAACUCGCUCCCAGUACCCCUAAAGCGCAUCCGAUUUGCGCACAUCAGCAAGCAGGAGCUGAACGUCCAGGCCUGGGAUAACGUGCCGAGCGGGCAGACCCUCCCAGCAGUCUGGAUCAAAUAUGCGACGGGCAUUUUCACUGGUAGCGACACAUGGAACCUGGACAUCACCUUCGAAGACGGCGAGACUUUCUACAUCGACCGGGACAGCACCUGCAACCUGCAGGAGUCCGACAGUGGGCAGGUGUACACGUGGACCAUCGAGGGAUCCACCUUCCACAUGCCGAUGAACAGUGACGGCAUGAACACGCAGAUUAGCAACAAUGACGACGAGGACGAGUUCAAUACCUACGCAUUCGCACGGAUCAAAAACGAAUUCGACCAGACGUUCGAAUGGUCUCAACUCGCGCAUACGCACGAAGGGACGGGCGAGAGGCGGAGCGCGUGGACGAUGUCGAUCCCCCCCCAGGGUUUCUCGCCGGUGGUGCCGGUGUACUUCACCACGGGGUUCGGAAACACGGAUACGGAUUUCUGGGCGGUGCGAGCAAAGUACACUGCGGCUGGCGGGGCGCACUACCUCUUGCGACAGGCGGAUGAGAACUACAAGUGCAUGCUGAAGGCCGGGGAUGCGGGGCAGUUGUUCCACUUUCCCCUAUACCUGGCCAUGUUUAUCCCUUACAACCCUCCCUCCUCAAGCCACGGCAAGCACAACCGCCGCAAGAUAAACACAUACGUGGCCGCAGUUGCGGCCGCAAAGACCAGCGACAAGCAAUGCUCACGGCCCCACAAGACGGCUACGACGGGUCGUGCAACCGGAAAGGCAGACAACUUCACUCAAGCUCUCCAUUGGUUCCCUACUUUUCAUUUUAGUGAUCCCACAGGCGAACCCCCUGCACGUCAGGCAGACGAGCAGGGAUCAGCAUGCGGGAGGCCCGAGGCCGAGGACCCUGGCGCUGGCCAGCUGCCGGCGCGUGCGUUUGCUGCAGGAAGGUUCUACCCCAUCGAGGGUUCUGGCCCUAACUCUCGCGGACCGCUUGCGCCGCAAGCUCUCGCCCAUUUGUACGAUGUCCUUCUCCCAUACGAUGCGAAAGUUGUGGGCCUAGGGAAACUAGAAGCAGACAGCUACGCGAGGGAUCUCCUUGCAUGGACCUUCGAACACAAGGAGGUUUUUCAUAGCCAGACAGCCUUCAGCCUGUGCAUCAUGUAUCAGAAGGAUGGCAGUAGGGGGGCUUAUCAGGCAAUCCUGUGGCAUCGGCAGCACUUGCUGAAGGCCGUGCGUCAGAGACUGUCCGCUCAGCGAGUGGACGACGUGCUGCUGCACAGUCUUUGUACAAUGAUCUCCGUCGACGAGUGUCUGGGCUUCCACGAGUCUCGCGCCGUGCACCUGAAAGGACUGCAGAAUAUCAUGCGCGUUCGCGAAUCUCCCACCAGGGCGUCGCAGCUCACACUCUCAGGGUCCAGUGCCGGCCCAGGUAUGCUGCCAAAGCAUUCGCCCCUGGGCAAGGUGGUGCUCGUCAAUAGGAUCAUGGUAGAGUUCCAUCUGAAGAUGAGCCUCGGCUUUCAGCAGGAAGUGGAUCCGUCGCCAAUAUUGUCCGAUAAACCCCCUCGCCUGCUUCUAAGCCCAGGCCCAGCCACCGAUGCCACUAGCGUGGAGGACCUCCUACCGCCCGGCUUCCAAGAUCUCGCUCGAUCGGGCAGGUUGACUCCGACGGUGGUCAACCUCCUUUCGGACUUUUCUUCUUGGUUCUACAGCGGGAUGGGCACAGACGUCACCACCCGCGAGACCUGGCGCUGUCUGACCUUCACCCCCAGUGACAGCCUUGAACAGUGCAUUGGCAUCGCUUUGGUCUCGCUCGCAGACGAUCUCAGCGCGCUGGGCUCCCAUCCGUGCGCUGUCAUCUUCCGACAGGCCGAGCAACGCGCGCGCCUUCUGCGAUCACUCUCAUCUCUCUUCGAUGAGCCCUGGCUCCAGGAACUGGGGAUCUGGAUUAUUACGGUCAUUGCAACACCGCCAAGGACAUCGCGUUUGCCUUGGCAUGUUAAGAUGGAGGUGCUUGGGAUGGUGAUGUUGGUCCCGCUAUCCCCACGGAGUGGUGGAUUCUCUUAUCGAUCCAUCGAUCAGAUCGAGGGGGUCCUACGGCGUUUUUUCUUCGACAAGAGUCGCGCGGACGAUUGGCGACGGGCUUGGAAGGAGUAUCUUGAGCUUGGAGUGGUGGAUCAGAGAUCACUAAUAUAA